CUGUCACAGUGGUGGUGGGGACUUGAAGGGGAAGCUUUCUAUUUGAUUCUGGAAACCCCUACUUUCUUCUAGCCAGCCAAUCCUCUCUCUAACAUAAUUGCUGGAUUGGAUUGGAUUGGAUUGGUUUGAUUAUUGGGGUUUCGGAAGAAUUAGCUACCUACCUUGUUAUGAUCAAUUCACAUACAAAAAGGUAAUAUUUUCAAUCGUGGGGACGAUUCUGAUUUUAUUCUGGAAGUGUAGUUAGCUUCAAUUUGCUUUGGCUGAUAAUAAAAAAAGAAGCUUUAGGGUUUUGAAAACCCUUGAUCUAUCUAUCUAUAUAUUUAUCAAGGUGGGCAAAGAUUAUCUUAUGAAGUACACAUUCUUAUAGAAAUUGAGGCUAGUUAUAUAUUAUCGUGUUUGAAGGUUUUGAGAUGGGAAAGCCUCUGUUUUAUGAGAUAUUGGAGAAACCUGCAACGAGUUGCUUUAUAGGAAUCUGUAGUGUAAUAUGGUUUUAUAUUCAGAAGAAAAACAUUGGAUAUUCUCACGUAGGGUUGAGCUAUGAGACUGCUCUUGAAGGACACUAUUGGAGGAUUAUAACCUCUGCUUUUUCUCAUAUAAGUGUUCUUCAUUUGGUCUUCAACAUGAGUUCUCUUUGGAGUCUUGGAGUUGUGGAGCAGUUAGGGAAUAUCGGUUUAGGGUUGGAAUUCUAUCUUCAUUAUACACUGGUUUUGGUGGUUUUAUCUGGUGUAUUGGUUUUGGGUUCGUAUCAUGUUUUGAUUCAAAAGUUUAAGUUGGAGUAUUUUCGUAGAGUGACUGCUGUAGGGUAUUCUUGUGUUGUUUUUGGAUGGAUGACGAUUCUUUCUGUUAAGCAACCAUCUUCGAAGCUAGAGCUUUUUGGGCUUCUUUCGCUUCCCAUUAGUUUUGCUCCCUUUGAGUCUCUUAUAUUUACUUCGAUUAUUGUUCCACAAGCGAGUUUCGUUGGUCACUUGUCUGGAAUAAUUGUUGGAUACUCUAUUGCUUGGGGAUUGAUUCAUGGGAUGAACAACUACUGGGCAAUUACCAUGCUCAGUUGGAUGUUGAUUAUAUUUGUUUUGAGCUUGAAGAGAUCUGGGACAUUUAAUUUUAGGUUUCUUGACAUUGAAUCUGUUACUGAUCCUUCUUUGCCUUGUGUACGGUUUCUUUCCACGACUGGACAUGGUAGAAGUCUGCAGAUGAGUAAUUUAGCUGUUGUUGCUGGUGCAGAUCUUGUCUAGCUUCUUAAAUUCUCUUCCAAGUCUUUUGAAGCUUACUACUACAUACAUGAAUGAAUGAAUGUUAUUAUCUCCCAUACUCACACACCAGUGUUUUCAUUGCAGCCCUUUAUGUACCCACCUUAUGAUAUUAUUAUUGAUUUAUUUAUUUAUGUCAUAUGGUAUGUAAAGUUAGGGAACACCAACUUGAACAUUAAAAUAUUUCAAUUUUGUUUCAAUUAAUUACUUCUGUUUUCAUCAGC